AUAUCUGUAAAUUUAGUGGCUGAGGUUACUGAUAAGAUCGAAAGCGUUGCUGAUAAGAUCGAAAGCUAAGAUGUGCAAGUGACUUGGUGACCUGUGAGGUGCUGAGUUUAUGAUGAUAGACUCUGGGCCUUUGGUAGCUGUUAUCAAGCAAUGCACUUCCCUGAGAGAACUAAAGAGCAUCCAAGCCUACAUGGUCCGAGCUGGUCUCACCCAAGACGCCUUUCUUGCAAGCAAGUUGAUCGAAUCAUCCGCUCUAUCACUGACCGGACACUUGGACUACGCUCAUCGCAUCUUCUCAUGGACCCACUAUCCAAAUCUCUUCAUGUGGAACACCCUCAUCAGGGGUUACGCCCUCAGCGAAUCCUCCAUGAAAGCCAUCUCCGUCUACCGAGACAUGCACGCCAGUGGCCUAGUACCCAAUUGCUUCACCGUCGGAUUCGUUCUAAAAGCUUGUAGCCGUUUACUCAGGCCAGAUGAAGGAAAACAAAUCCACUCUCAGAUUAUAAAGCUGUGUUUGGGGAUAGAAACUCCGGUGAUCAACGGAUUAAUGAGGUUUUAUGUUAGUUGCGGUGAUAUUGAUGCUGCUCGCGUAUUGUUCGAUGAAAUGUCCGAACGAGAUGCUGGCUCUUGGAGCGUGAUGGUUUCCGGGUACGCGCAACAUGGGCGCCCACGAGAGGCAUUGGCGGUCUUCAGAGAAAUGCAGUUUCAGAACGUGGACAUCGAUGGGUUCACCUUGGCAAGUAUUGCUGGCGUUUGUGGGGAUUUGGGGGCUCUAGACUUGGGCAAAUGGUUACACUCGUAUAUCGAUAGAAAAAGUAUGAACAUUGAUGUUGUCCUUGGAACCUCUCUCGUAGACAUGUACGCCAAGUGCGGUAGCUUGAACGAUGCAAUGAAAGUUUUCCGAAAGAUGUGCGAGAGGGAUGUCAUGGCAUGGUCUGCUAUGAUCGGAGCAUAUGCCGUGCACGGCUAUGGUGACAAAGCUCUAAAUGUGUUUGCAGAGAUGAAAAGAGCUAAAGUGAGACCCAAUUGUGUCACCUUCACUAGCGUCCUAUGUGCAUGCAGCCACUCAGGAUUGGUGGAAGAGGGCUGCCGGAAUUUCCAAAGCAUGUGGUCGGACUACGGUAUCAAGCCCCAGAUCGAGCAUUACGGGUGCAUGGUUGAUCUAUUUUGUCGAGCAGGGCUUGUGAGUCGGGCUCAUGAGUUCAUCAAGAACAUGCCCAUCGAGCCUAACGUCGUGCUAUGGCGAACAUUGCUCAGUGCUUGCAAGGCCCAUGGUUAUGCAGAGCUAGCGGAGCAGAUUAGUAGACAAAUACUCGAACUAGAGCCUCAGAGUGGGGAGAGUUAUGUGCUUGUGUCCAAUGUUUAUGCUUCCUUGGGGAAAUGGUCUAGUGUAAGUAAGGUUCGAAGCUUAAUGAAAGACAAGAAAGCAAAGAAAAAUCAUGGUUGGAGCUCUAUAGAGGUGGAUUUCACUGUACACGAGUUUGUAAUGGGAGAUGAGUCCCAUCCGGAGAGAGAGGAGAUCUAUCGAAUGCUUGACCAGAUGGCUAAGAGACUGAAGCAGGAGGGGCAUGCAACAACUACACAGGAUGUUCUGCAUGACAUAGACGAAGAAGAGAAAGAGCAUGCACUGGGUCUUCAUAGUGAAAGACUGGCCAUUGCUUAUGGACUUCUACGCAUGUCAGAAGGAUCACCUAUUCGCAUAGUCAAGAACCUUCGAGUGUGCAGAGACUGUCACGAAGCCACGAAGCUAAUAUCUAAGAUCUAUAAAAGGGAGAUAAUAAUUCGAGAUCGAAUUCGCUUCCAUCAUUUCAGAGAGGGGAAAUGCUCUUGCAAUGACUAUUGGUGAUCCAAUUC